CGCCCACCCCCGCCGGCCCAGCCCCCUCCCGCCCGCGCCUGGCGGCGGCGGCAGCUCCAGCGGCAGCCGCGCAGCCCCGCGGAAUGGAGCGGCGCCGAGGCUGAGCCGGGCGCGCACGGGCCGCCGCAUGUGCCGCGCGGGGAGCGACUGCGGAGCGCGCGGGGAGCGAGCGCCAGAGGGCCCGUCGGAGCGGCCGCCGGAGCAGCGCCGGAGAUGGGAGAACAGCCCAUCUUCACCACGCGGGCGCACGUCUUCCAGAUCGACCCCAGCACCAAGAAGAACUGGGUGCCAGCGAGCAAGCAGGCGGUCACCGUUUCCUACUUCUACGAUGUCACCAGGAACAGCUAUCGCAUCAUCAGCGUGGACGGAGCCAAGGUGAUCAUAAACAGCACCAUCACGCCCAACAUGACUUUCACCAAGACGUCGCAGAAGUUCGGGCAGUGGGCUGACAGCAGAGCCAACACCGUGUUUGGCCUGGGGUUCUCCUCGGAGCAGCAACUGACGAAGUUUGCAGAGAAGUUCCAGGAGGUGAAAGAAAUCGCCAGGCCGGCCAGAGACAAGUCCCAGGAGAAAGCCGAGACCUCGAGCAACCAUCCCCAGGUGUCCAGCGUGAACGGGACAGACGAUGAAAAGGCCUCUCAUGUGGGUCCUGCUGACGCACAGCUCAAGUCUGAGAACGACAAGCUGAAGAUCGCCUUGACACAGAGUGCCGCCAACGUGAAGAAAUGGGAGAUGGAGCUGCAGACCCUGCGGGAGAGCAACGCCCGGCUGACCACGGCUCUGCAGGAGUCGGCCGCCAGCCUGGAGCAGUGGAAGAGGCAGUUCUCCGUCUGCCGCGACGAGAACGACCGGCUCCGGAACAAGAUUGACGAGCUGGAGGAGCAGUGCAGCGAGAUAAACCGGGAGAAGGAGAGGAACACGCAGCUCAAGAGGAGAAUCGAGGAGCUGGAGUCGGAGCUGCGGGAGAAGGAGACGGAAUUGAAAGACCUCCGUAAACAAAGUGAAAUCAUACCUCAGCUCAUGUCAGAGUGUGAAUACGUCUCUGAGAAGUUAGAGGCGGCAGAGAGAGACAAUCAGAACCUAGAGGACAAGGUGCGGUCCCUCAAGACGGACAUCGAGGAGAGUAAGUACCGCCAGCGCCACCUCAAGGUCGAGCUCAAGAGCUUCCUGGAGGUGCUGGACAGCAAGAUCGACGACCUGCACGACUUCCGCCGCGGCCUCUCCAAGCUGGGGUCCGACAACUAGGGGCAGGGCCGGGGGCGGGGUGGGCGGGGCGUCCUCCCGUGGGCGGUGCUUCUGUCCGCGCGGGGCCCGAUGUCCGAGGGCCGGGGGCGGGAAUGGGGGCGGGGUGUCCUCCCAGGGGCGGUGCCUCUGUCCCCGCCGAGCCUGUGUCGGCGGCGGCGGGGGCGGGGUCGCGUUUGCGCUCGGGUGGUGGGUGGUGCCGUCGCUCACGCCUCUCCGGCCUGGCCAGGCUGCGGACCCCGGGAAGCCGCGGACUCAGGAACCCGCGCCGGGUCCCCCGCCCGCGGUCACGCGGUCAGGGCGGGGACGUUUGUAUCUUUCUCAAGGGCUGUUGCAACCGCACCAACUGAGCAAGGUGUUUUCUAAUCCAAAUACGCACACGCUUUACACCUUCGCGUGGAGUGUUUGAGCGUCGGCCGGGCGCCCGUGCAGGGGCGGGGGGGCACGGGGAGCAGCUGUCCUCCGGGUCAGAACCAAGAUGCUUUCCAGCAGCCACUUAGUAGAUGCUGGUCGAGGAAGAACAGGUGUCGGGGGCGCGCGGGGCCCGCCUGCCUGCCCUCUGCCCGCUCCCUCCCACCUCUGGUGUGUAGGGUUGCCACAACGUUCCUUUCCCGGGUUUUAAUUUCGGAGCAGAUCGCUGUGCGGUGGGAGCCACACGCGGUGACGGUGCCUGGCAUAGAGUAGGUGCUCAAUAAAUAUUUGUUCAACUAAACAUUUAAACAGCACUUAGUGUUUUAAUCAACCCCCCAGCGGAGUCCAUCGGACCCUGUUGGACAGUCCAUCCUCUUGCUGCGCUGGACAGGAGUUCGACUGAUGGUGUGCAGUCCAGCUUCUGGAUUGCCUCCCGGUGUCCCCGGACAGGGUGGGUGACAGAGGAGGCAGCAGGAGCUGGUCCGAGGCCGCUCACUAGCCCAUCCAUGCUGCUCUGCCCCCGGUGCCUUUGAACUGGGACCACCCUGUUUCUCUAGGGUGGGGAUGUAGGCUGGGACCCCAUGUUGGGACUGGACAACUAAGAAAUAAAGCACAGGAGUCCUCAAGAGAGAGUCUGCUCAAACUGGCUGAGCCUUGGCCUUAGCGACAGGAGCUUCUGCCCCUGCCCUCUUUCUGUUCCUGCUGAGGAAAGGACCAGAGCCAUAAAGCCCUCCUCUCUUACUGAGUUUCUCAGCAGGGCCGGGGGCGUCUGGGCUCCCUGCAUGUGGCAAGAUGUUUUGAAUCCCUGGCCAUGGGCAUUUCUAAAUGCCUUUCUGUGUGAUGGAGUCUUUGAUGUCUCCUUACCCCCCUUGCCUGCUUUGGGAACCACCAAGAGAACAUCUCCUUCUAGAAAGAGUUUCUAGAAUUUCCCCCUAGUGGAUCUGGGUGAACAGUGAAACAGCCUGAGGAGGCAGGUGGGCACACACAGAUGUGAGCCAGGCCCUGGGAUGAACCCUGCUGUUGAGACCAUGUCUCUGAGCAGAGAGCUCCUGUCCGGAUGAGGGAGGGAAGGCAGCCAGCUGGGGCACCUGGGCACCUUGGAGUGUGUGUGUGGGGGGAACCUGCAGGCUGGGGAGCAGCUCCGCUUGGACACAUUGGGCUCAUGGCAGACAAAAUGGAAAUUAUGGUCUCUGGUGGUCUCCGGAUCUUGUGCUCCGGUGGUACCUCUUGGUGACUUAACAUACGCUGCUGCUGGCCUGCGUUUUCCCCGGAGUCCCAGAUGGCUCUCAGGGGAGUAGCAAGCAGCUCCCUGUUGGUCAGGAGCCCAGAGAGCUGGGCUGGCCAUGAUUCGGCCCCGUGGCCCAGCGCUGGCUCCAGGGGCUUCUUCUUAGGACAGGUCAGCCCACCUACCAGCAGACGGGACCUGGAGCUAGCUGCCUGGGAGCAGUGCACGCUGGGAUCCCAAAACCUUAGCUCUGGGCUUCAAUGCCCGCCACCCCGUCUGCUCAGUGACUUACAGAUCUGGAAGGAACAGUCUUGGCUGACUGGAGCCUGCUGGGGGUGGGGUGGGGGCACAGUCACAGGAAGAUAGAGUUGCCAGAGCUCUCUGUGCAUCCUGUAGCGGUGGCAGUGGGAAGCUCUGCGGGGGCAGCACCGUGACGGUGGGCUGCUGUGACCCUCCAUGGUCAGGACCCGUGGUCCCUGGGCAGUGUGGCCAGCGCCUUCCAGGUGGUAGGAUCUGCACUGUGGCCUCUUAUGUUGCAGCCCAGGAGCCAAGAGCAGGAGGGGCUCCCCUUGGGGGGGGGGAUGUCAGGUUCAGCGGGGAAGGCACCCCAGCUAUAGGAGAGUGCUGGCUGUUCACUCCCUUCUGCUUUUCUCUAAAGAUCUUAGUGCUUCUUCUCUGACUUUAUUUAAGAAAAGAUGGCCCUGGGGGCAACACAGAGGGUCUGUGGAGAGACAGGCCCUGGCACCACGAGGGUGGGUCCCAUGGGUGCUGCGUGUAUCCCACCUUCUGCCCAAGCCAGUUCCAUGCCCUCACUUACGGGAACAUCUAACUACACAGAUGUCCUUUGGUUGCCCUCACUGAGGCCGAACAUGGGCCUCACACCCGCCUCGCACUCGUGCACCCGCCAGCCAGGCCAUGCUGCUCGGCCAUGUCGAGCCACGACCCCGCUUCCUUGCCAGGUCACAUCUCCUGAGGUUGAUGUGUCCAGGGCUGGUCGCCUGAGCAGGGAUUAGCUUUUUUCCUGCAUCUGUGAAACCUGGGGCCUGAAGGAGGCAAGGUGAACUGUGGAACCCCUUCAUCAUAAUGGGCCUUAAAAAUAAUUUUCCUCCUGGGACACCCGGGUGGCUCAGUCAGUUAGGCGGCCAACUUGAUUUUGGCUCAGGUCAUGAUCUCAGGGUCCUGGGAUUGAGCCCCUUGUGGGGCUCCCCACUCAGCAGGGGGUCUGCUUCUUCCUCUGCCUCUGCCCCUCUCCCUGCUCAUGCUCUCUCUCUCUCUUGAAUAAAUAAUUUUUAAGAAUAAUAAUAAUUUUCCUUCUAAGUAAUGACCCAACUGCAUCAAAAUUGAGAAGGACGUGGCGGGGGUGUGGGGGGUCUUACUAGUGUCCAGGGAAUGUAGCCCCCAAAUGACAGGUUGGGACAGUGUGGUCACGCCUUGAAGGUAGAGUGAGCCAGCAUCCACAGAGACCUGAAGCUUGGGUGGCCCAUCUCUCUUGCAUGCUGUCAUGUUAGACCUCAGGUGGGUGAGAGCAUUGGGCAGUGUCAUUCCCCAUUUUGCAGAGACAGACAGUGACAUGCCCGUCACCCAGCAGCCUCAUAGGCUCCACAUCCAGCUCUUCCGGACCUUGGUCCGGUGUCUUUCUGGGCGCCAUGCCACUGCUCUGCUCCUGUGACCUUUGCGUGCCAAGAAAAACAUUCUCUGGGACCCUGAGGAGGGCACAUUGCAGUUAAGUUAUUUUAAUAUAUGUUCACAGCAAGUGAUGAUUUAUGAACGAGUGAACCAGAAUUAUAUUUAUAGUCAUUACAGACUGUAAGUUCCAUGUUUGAAUGUCUCUGGCUCUGCAGAGAUCUAAGAGCGUGUUGGUUAAAACAAUGUCCAUGCUCUGAGAGGCCAGAUCUGCAGAACACAAACAUUGCAAGUUCUUUGUUUUUGGCUUGCUUUGGUGGUGGUAGAGCGGAUUGUCCAGAACAGGUGGGGAGCCCUGAGAGGGCAGAGUGGUAAGCCGGGUUCCGGCUGGGAGGUUGUCCAGCUGCUGCCCACUCCUGCCCGGACUGGAGCCAGCUCUGGGGAAGGAGCAGGCCAGCCUCAUGGUUACAGCAGGGUGAGCGGGACCUGGCUUGACCCCCAGGAGGACUGUCCAGGCUCCCUGUGGACUGCUGCAGACUCAGACAGCCGGUGAACUCUGCCUUGAGGUUUGGGGGUACCCGGUGGGUAGAUACUGUAUUUGGAGUGAAGCAUCGAGUCUGGGGUAGUACAGAGUAGAGCUCAGGCACUUUCUGGAAACACUGCCAUCUGCCCAUUCUAAGGGACUGCUUUUGUCUAGAAAUUGAGGUGGUGUUGGAUAAGAGCCAGCCACCGGGCAGGCCACAGACUGUACUGGGGUGAACCUUAAAAGGGGGCAGCUGUGAUGGGAUUUUAGAAUAGGUGUUCAAAAGAGUCUGCCCUUUGAGAUGGAGACCGUCAUGCCCUUUGCUCGUCACUGAAAGUGGGUUGUUUGUGCCAUUGGUCCUUCUAAAAGUCACGACUCUUAUUUCCUUGAAAUGUCACUGGAUUUUUGAAGUGCUGACAAUUUAAACUAGAAGUUUGCAAAUCAUUGUAUGUAUUUUUAAAUGAUGAGCAUGGUUUAAAAGGAGCCUAAUUCUGAGUACAUGAUUUCUUCAAAAGGAACAUCAUAUAUUUGGAGGGGCGGUGGCGGUGGCAUCACAGAGAGGGAAUCCUGUGCAGAAAUGUAUGUUCUUUACAUGUCUUUUCCAUACACCUGUCUCAAGGGUAUGGGGUUUUCCUCUUUAAAAACCAGCCAGGCAAGAAGGUGACUUUGGUAAUAAUUUGGCAGCUGGAUGGAAUGUUCUAGUGAACUUAGGAGUGUGUGCGUGUGCGUGUGUGUGUGUGUGUGUGUGUGUGUGUGUGUGAGAUUGGAACAAGUGGGAGAAACUAUAAGGAAAUGUUUUAAGUUAAAAAAUAUAGAUACCCAAGAAUGGUCUUUGAUAAUCUUGGUAGUGAUGCUGAAUGUUCUGGAAUCUUGUUUCUGAGGAGAAGAGUUUGUGUGUCUUUUGUUUUGGGUCGAAUUGUACAGAGCCCUACUCUCUUUGAUGAUUCAGAGCCUUGUGAAAAGUGGUCCCCCAGGCCACACAGACCCCUGGCACAUCUGGCAGAAGGCCAGACUGUGGGACAUUUUGGCAGAUGAUUGACAGGUCUAAUGACUGGCAGCUGUGGGGAACGUGUUACUAUUUUUACCCUGUUGUACUGCUUUCAAUGUAAAGUCCUGACUUUAAAUAAAUUGUAGCAAUGUUUUGUGAUAUAACAGCCCAUUAGGCAUAUCUUCUAUCAAAUAUAAAAAUUUAAUGAUUAGUAUGAGGUGGUCAUGUGGACUCUCCCAGAAGUAUGAGGGCAUGUUUUUUUUUUUUUUUUCCCCUUCUUAAAUGCAUUUUUGGAACCUAAAUAAUAUAUACUUUUUUCAAAAGAAACUACAGAUGAGUGAAAAGAAAAAAAAUCACCUGCUAUUAGACCAUCUGAUUAUAACCACUGUUAACAUUUUAGUAUAUUUCUUUUCAGACUUUUUUUUAUGUGCCUGUAUUCAUUUCAUUUCUUUUUCAUGAAAUACAAUUAUGUUAUACAUAACUGUUUGGUAACUUUUUUCAAUUGUGACAUUAUAUCAUGACUAUAUGUCACUCAAGAGGUAAAUUUCAUCAUUUUUCAUGUCUAUAUGGGUUUUCCCACGGAUACUUGGGUGGUUCCCAAUUUUUUUUGGUCACGGUCAAGGAUAUGAUGAAAUCCGUUGGUCUAACAUCUUUGUAAACUUGUCAGAUUUACUGAAGAUCAUUUCUAAAAUCGGACUCGGUAGUUGCGAAGUGUGGGGAGCAGCUGCUCCGUUUCUCCUCCUGUCCUUGCUGGGCACACGGGAGACUGCACUCCAGCCCCCUCAUCUGAAGUCAUGCAGGGUCCUGUGACCUUCUGGUCAGUGAGACCUGAGCAGAAGAGACCUGGGAAGCUCCCAGGCCGAGACUGUGAGGUGCCCAUGACCCGUUCUCCAGGCUGUGCACCCUUGCCUACACACGGGGUGAUGUCCCAGCCCUGGGGCGUCUGUCAGCCGGGGUCCUUGAGGGACUGCAGAAGAACCUCCUUCUCCCCUCACGCCACCCACCCACGCGCCUGCACAGACAUGGAGCGUGGGGUAAACGGUAAGCCUCGGGCAUCACGCCGCUGGGGUUUCAGGGCUAAUUUGUCACUGCAGCGUAACAUGUCCUAUCUGGACUAACAGAAAAGGCUACACAUGUUUUUAGGACUUUUCAUAUAUAUUGCCUCUAAUUGCCUUCCUGAAAGAUGAUUCCAAAUUAUACUCCCACAGCAUUGUGUGAGAAUGUCCUGCUCCCCUUUUAACACUGGUGUUCCCGUGGGGCGGCGGCACUCGUUUCGGUAUGCGUUGUUUGAUUCAAGUGUGACCCUCACUAGCAAAACUAUCGAUUGGAAAGUAUUCUUUUGUACUUCACUUGUUCAUCUCCUCUGGCCCCUUUUCUCAUAAGAUGUGUAGCUUUCUUAGUGAUUUCUAAGAAGUUCUUCCUUUCCCCAUAAAUAUCUCUAAAAACAAAAAAAAAGUACGUCCGGCUUGUGAAAAUGUUGAGACAUUUCAGCAGCUCUCUCUUUUUAUUCAGACCUAUCUUUGCCUUCACGCUGCUACCUUCGCUGCCAGGCUUAUGAAGAGCUUUCGGAUCCUAAUUCUAAGGCUGUAUAAAUAGUCAUCAGGGUUUUAUUCCUACACUCUCAUUGUUUCUAAGCAGUUAAAUCUAUGGUGGGUGGGGGAUGGGUGAACAAAGGAAAGGAGAUUAAGAGCACACACAUCAUGAUGAGCAGUGAGUGAGAGAGAGGCUUGUUUGAUCACUAUAUCGCAUGCCCGAAACGAAUAUUAGUGCAGGCACUGUACUGGAAUUAAAAAAAAAAAAAAUAGGCCAAUUAAAAAAAAAAGUUAAAU